ACUUUCGAUAUUGUACUAUCAAUUUAUGUAGGUUUGGUUAACAAUGUUUAAUUAUAGUUUCUAGCACGUUGUAUUAUUCUUUUAAUUUCUAAUAUGUGUAAAACCUGUAUUGGUCAUGCUUUCAAAAUCGCUUAUAUAACUAAACUUUCAGUCGUCGUGCUUUCAUAUAUGCAAUUGCAUGGUUUAUUUCUUCUUCUUUUUUUUUUCUAUAAUCCUCGAAAAGAUGGAAAUGGGUUCGUCUUCUUCUCUAAAGACAUGCUUUAUUUUGCUUUUCUUCUGUCUUCUCAAUGUUUUCACCAUUUCAUCGAAGCCAUUAAGUAAAGAAAGUGUUCUUUUUGGUGGGAAUUUUCCAGCAUUGUAUGUUAUAGGAGAUUCAUUGGUUGAUUCAGGGAACAAUAAUCAUCUUGACACGUUGGCCAAGUCAAAUUUUCCACCUUACGGUUCUGACUUUGAAGGAGGCAAAUCCACCGGUCGUUUUGGUAAUGGCAAAACAAUUGCUGAUUACAUUGCUAUUUAUUAUGAGCUUCCUUUGGUUCCUGCUUAUAUGGGAUUAUCAGAAGAACAAAAGAACAAUAUCUCAACUGGUAUUAAUUAUGCUUCUGCUUCCUGUGGGAUUUUGCCUGACACCGGAAAGAUAGUGGGAGAAUGUCUUUCAUUGAGUGUCCAAGUUGAUCUAUUUAAAGAAACCAUUGACAAGAAUCUGAAGAAAAAGUUUAAGCCGCAGCCAGAGCUCAGCAAACACCUGGCUGAUUCGUUGUUCAUGACUGCGAUCGGAGUUAACGACUACUCUUUCUUCUAUAAUAAGACAAUGGAUGCAAAUGAUUUUGCAAACAAGCUUAUUCAUGAGUUCUUUAUACAAAUUCAGAGGUUGCAUGGUUUAGGAGUAAGGAAGUUCUUCGUCAACAACCUUAAACCAUUAGGAUGUUACCCAAAUAUAAUAGCUCAUACCGUGCCACAUGGAAGCUGUGAUAAUGAUUUAAACCUAGCGGUUUCCAUUUACAAUGCCAAGCUAAGAAGAAGCCUAACUCAUAUGAAGCAGAAAUUAUCCAACACUUCCUUUUUGUACUCAGAUUACUUUAACUUCAUGUUGGGACUUCGAGGACCUUCAAGCAAUCAUGCUAGUUCGAAUCUAUUGAAUACGACUAGCCCAUGUUGCCCUAGCAUUUAUGAUGGAGGUGCAUUGACGGGUUGCAGCGCCAAUUCGAGCUCAUGUGCGAUGCCAGAUACACAUAUUUUCUUUGAUCCAUUUCAUCCGACUCAGCUGGCGAAUUUCAGGAGAGAAAAAUUUGCCAUGUGGUGAAAGAUUAAUUGAAUUAAAGUUACUCGGCAACAAUCUCAAGACAAAACACCACUUUUGUUGCUGUUGUUUGUUUCUUUUGCUCUCGCUAUUAAUAUUUCUAAACAUGAAAACUUUACUAA